UUUCCCGAGCUGGGUCGGAGAGGCGCAGCCGCGCCUGUGCCUGGAGCUGCUGGGUCUGGAGAGAAACAGGAGUUUCCUGUGGAUCAGUGGGGCUCUUGGAAUGCUGCCAGGAUGGAUCUGCGAGAUUACCAGUGGGAAGUCAUUGAGCCUGCCCUAGAGGGCAAGAAUAUAAUAAUCUGGCUGCCAACAGGUGCUGGGAAGACCAGGGCAGCUGCCUACAUCUGUAAGAGGCAUUUGGAGAGCCGAGAUAAGAGCAAGGUUGCUGUGUUGGUCAACACGGUGCCUCUGGUAGACCAGCACCUGAAGAAUGAGUUCAGCUUCCUGCAGAAUCACUUCCAGAUCACCGCCAUCAGUGGGGACAGGGGACUGAAGUCGUUCUUCUCAGAAGAGCUGAAGUGCAACGAUUUGAUCAUCUGCACAGCCCAAAUCCUACAAAAUGCCCUCCAGAGCCGAGAAGAGGAAAUGCAUGUGGAGCUGACGGAUUUCUCCUUGCUGGUGAUUGACGAGUGCCACCACACCCACAAGGAAAGCACGUACAACAAGAUCAUGCAGGACUACCUGGAGCGUAAGAUGAAAGGCCAACAGAACUUGCCACAAAUCGUGGGGCUCACGGCCUCACUGGGCACUGGAGGGGCCAACUCCGUUAACGGAGCCCAAGACCAUAUCUUACAGAUUUGUGCCAACCUGGAUGCUGCAAAAAUCAUGUCCUCUGAUAAAUACAAGUUCUACCUUAACACGCAUGUCCCACAACCUAAGAAGCAGUAUGACGUGACUGAAGAACGGCCCCUGGAUCCCUUUGGUGAGAAGAUCAAGGAGAUAAUGUUCCAGAUCCAUGCUUACCUGAAUGAUCCUGACUUGUCUACUGAUUUUGGCACUCAGAUAUAUGAACAACGCAUUGUGGAGCUUCAGAAAGAAGGAGCAGAAGGAUUCUGCCGAAAGACCCGAGUGUGUGCCUUGCACCUGCGUAAAUACAAUGAUGCCCUGCUGAUCAAUGACACAGUGCGUAUGAUUGAUGCCUUCCAAACCCUGGAUGAGUUUUACCUACUGGAGAGAGCCAUGAAGGAGCUGGAGGAUGUGACUGAGCGCUACUUGGUUCAGAUCUUUGACCGGAACAAGGAGCGCCUCUUGGCCCUAGCUAAAAACACACGCUAUGAGAAUCCCAAGCUUGAGAAACUACAGCAAGUCCUCCAGGACCACUUCCGAGCAGACAGUGGCUCGCGGGGCAUCGUGUUUGUCCGGACACGUCAGGGUGCUCACUCCCUACACCAGUGGGUAAAGGAUAAUGUGGAUCUGCAACAACAGGGCAUCAAGGCUGCUGUCCUGACUGGGGCUGGGUACAGCAACCAGACCAAGCACAUGACCCAGCACGAGCAGCAAGACGUCAUCCACCAGUUCCGCAAGGGGCCACUCAAUCUGCUCUUCUCCACCAGCGUGGCUGAGGAGGGGCUGGACAUCCCUGAGUGCAAUAUCGUGGUCCGCUAUGGACUGAUGACCAACGAGAUUGCCAUGAUGCAGGCCAGAGGUCGUGCCCGUGCCCCCAACAGCAUCUGCUCAGUCUUGGCCAAGGCCAACAGCAAGGAGGUAGCCCGUGAACAGCUCAACGAGACCCUGGAAGUCCUGAUGGAGAAAGCUAUUAAGAGGGUGCAAGAGAUGCCUCCGUGGGAAUACACUCAGACGAUCGCGAAACUUCAGCGUGACGCUGUGAUCGGCAGCAAGAUGCGAGAUACUGAACGUGAGAAGCGACGUCAGCUGCAUGAUCCAGAGGUUGUGCGUCUCUACUGCAUCAACUGCAACGAGGCCAUCUGCCACGGCUCUGACCUGCGCACAGUUGAGAAAACUCACCAUAUAAACAUCAACCCCAACUUCAGACUGUACUACAGAAAGUCACUUGACCAUGUGGUGAUUCCUCGUACCUUCAAGGACUGGAAGCCAGGCAGCUCCAUUAGCUGUAGUAUGUGUGGGCAGGCCUGGGGGACGGAAAUGAUCUACCGAGCGGUCACCCUGCCCAUGCUUGCUGUUAAAAACUUUGUGGUGGAAAGCCCAGAUGGCAGAAGGACCUAUAAGCAGUGGAGCAAAGUUACUUUUGCCAUUGAGGAGUUUGACUACACUCAGUAUUGUGAAACCAACGUUGAGCUGGAUGGCCUGGACCCUUAAAGCUUAAGAGAAGGAAAAGGAAAACAUUAAGUUUGCUUCUUUGGAUAAAGUGGCUGCCUACAUUAGUUGACGUUGUUUAGGCACGAGGCUUUUCAGCUUGUUAUAUGGGCACUGUGGAGUCAGUCUGGAUGAUGAGUUGAGCCUUGGAUCUGGGUGACCUGGGUUCAGGUCCUGCCUCUGCCAUGGAUCCACUGCUUGGUCUUGUGGGAAUCAAACUUGCUGUCAGCCUCUGGAUCCUUGUAAGAGUGACCCAGCCCACAGAG